AUGUCUCAUUUUCGCGUCGUCAGCCACCAAGUUCGCGCUCAAGGUAUACGGGAACGCCUCGGCGCUGUUCAAUUCGGACAUGAGCGGGAUCUUCGCCUGGCCGUCAAGCAAUACAUUCCCCAUGACAACCCUUGCCCGGCGUACGAAGAUGUCACGAUCAUUGGAGCCCAUGCAAAUGGAUUUCCAAAGGAGCUAUACGAGCCCCUUUGGGAUGACAUGUAUGAACGGCUACGGGUCCAUAAUCGGCGGAUUCGAUCGAUCUGGAUUGCAGAUGUUGUUCAGCAGGGUCAAAGUUCGGUCCUGAACGAAGCCAUACUUGGCGACGAUCCCAGCUGGUUUGACCACGGGCGAGAUUUGCUUUUUAUGCUGAACCAGUUUCAGGACCAGAUCACCCAGCCGAUCAUAGGUGUGGGCCACAGCAUGGGUGGCAUGCAGCUGGCUCAUCUGUCUCUGAUGCAUCCUUCCCUUUUCCAGGGUCUGGUCUUGGUGGAUCCAGUCAUCCAAAGAGAAAAUCCUAGCCGGAAAUAUGCAUUGCCGUCAACGUAUAGGAGGGAUCUGUGGUCUUCGCGCGCCGAGGCAGCGGAGAAGUUUCGGUCCAGUACAUUCUAUCGAUCCUGGGACCCUCGUGUGCUCGAAAAGUGGAUUGAAUAUGGUCUCCGGGAUCUGCCUACAAAGCUAUAUCCAACGUCCAGUGAAAGUGAGUCUCAAACUCCUGCUGUCACGUUGACGACGACAAAAUCACAAGAGCUAUUCACCUUCUUGCGGUCUUCUUAUAUCGACGAGAGGUCGGGCCUGCCUCGCGGCUCACCCGGGGAAGAAAUGCACCCGGAUGAUAUAGAUGGCUUUCCCUUCUAUCGCCCCGAACCACCGAUGAUUUUCCGUCGCUUGUCUGAGCUGAAACCUGCUUUGAUGUACCUCUUCGGCAGCAAGUCCGAUCUUUCUUCUCCAGAAGCUCGUCAGGAGAAGCUACAGGUCACUGGUACUGGCGUCGGGGGAAGUGGCGGUGUCACUUGCGGGAGGGUAAAGGAAGUAGUUCUUCCUUGUGGGCAUCUAGUUCCCAUGGAACUUGUCGCCGAAAGCGCUCACGCCAGUGCUGACUUUAUUGAUUCGGAGUUGACAUACUGGGAGUCUCAGAAGUUGAUUUUCAAAAAGGCCUGGGGAUCUAUUCCACUUGCGCAGCGCACAAAUAUUGACGAGCAAUGGAAGCGUCAUAUGGGAUUGUUGCCAAAGAGGUCUAGCCUUUGA